AUGGCCUCGCGCAGCGCGGCACGGAUCCUGCCGCUGGCGCUCGCCCUGGCGGUGGUGGCUGAGGUGUCCUGGGCCCGGAGACCGUCGGGCGCGCUAUGGCCUGGGCAGGGCUGCGCGGCGCUGGGUCGCUGCUGUCUGGGCCGUGAUCCGACCUGCGUCGCCCACGGGCCCCCGCGCUGCUUCUGCGACCAGGCGUGUGGCGCGGUGCGGGACUGCUGCCCGGACUACGCUCGGGUCUGCCCAGUGGUCUCCUGUGUUGUGGCAGAGUGGAGUGCCUGGAGUUGCUGUGUCAAACCCUGCCAGAUCUCCUAUCGCGUCCGCCGGAGGCGUGUCCUGCAGGAGCCGAGGAACGGGGGUGCUCCUUGCCCCCCGCUGGAAGAGCGGGCUGGGUGUGUGGAUUACCGGAGCCGCCAGGGAGUGGAGUGCCAACAGUCUUUAAUCCCUGCUCUGAUAACCACUGACAGCUACGGGAAGGAGCGGAAAAAGCGAGGGGUCCCCAAGAAGCAGGAGACAGCAGGGUACUGUGUUCAGUUCCAGCUGGGGCCCGUUCCGGGGAGCUGCCGACAGGUGAAGGCACCUCACGCCCAGUGGACAAGGUACCUGACCCAGGGUCACACGAUCUGUGUGAGGUGUGAGUGGCCUGCCCAGGACGCCAGGAGCCGGCGCUGCUACGGAGAUGGCGCCGGGACAGGAGGGAACCAGCGGCUGCAGUGGCAAGCGGCCGGCCACCCCCGGUGCCGAGGGACCUGGAUGAGGCUCAGGCAGCUCCGGGACUGUUCCUGCCCUGAGGUCCACAGCCUCGUCUUCCUCUAG